UUAGAAUCAGGAAUUUCGCAAGUGUUUAUUCCCUUCCCUUGUUCGAUUCUCUCUCUUUUCCCCUAAUAACAAUUCGAAAUGUUAAUUUCCCUUCGAAUUUCACUCUUAUCUUUACUCUUAUUCUCGUCGCUCCUCUUCAUUUCUUCACCGAUUCUCGCCAAAUCCCGUUACCCAGUUUCCGAUGCUGAAGUGAGGCAGAAGAAGCUUCAGUGCUAUACUGAUAUUGACAGUGGGAUAUGGGGCUGGCAGUGCAAAUCAUCUAACAUAGCAAGGGAGAAUUGUGCCUUGCGAUGCCUUUCGCCGUCUUGUUAUGAGCUUAUGUACAAGAGUGACCCGCUUGAAGAGGGAGAAAAGGACUUCAUUCGAGGCCAAGAGUACAAAUACUGUAUGCAUAGGUUGUCCUUGGGAGAGAGCCUUGAGGGUGUCAAGGGUGCAUUUGAUCACUAGCCAUUGUAUUAAUUCUGAAUUGAAGGCACAAGCUACGUACGGCUUAUGGCAAAUUGGCGAAUUCACACUAAGAAAAGAACUUCAUAUCAUAUGCUAUUAGGAAGAAUGUCAUGGAACCUUGAGAAACUUUCUGUGAUUAAAUUAUUAAAAAGGGAAAAAAUGCAAAUGCGUAUUGUCAUAGUUUCGGCUUAUUAGUUUGUAUGAAAAAGUUGUUUAUUGUCAAGAAUGAAAGUAUAUAAUUAUAAACUCUGGAUUAUUAUAAA